AUGGAAAGAAUUAAUUAUGUUGAUAGGUUAGUUAAUCAAAGUGAUGACACUUGUGUUAAGAAUCUUAGAAUGAACAUGGGAGCAUUUCAUAAAUUAUGCUAUACACUUGAAUCACGAGGAUACAUACGUGAUAGUAAGCAUAUGAAUGUUGUUGAACAAGUUGCCAUUUUUCUAUACAUAUUAGCGCACCACAAGAAAAUGAGUGUUAUAAGCACCUCUUUUCAAAGGUCGAGUGAAUCGAUUAGUCGACACUUUCAUAUGGUUCUUCUCGGGGUCUUGAGGUCACAAGAAUUUAAGCAUCCUGAACCGAUUCCAAAUGACUCAACCGACGGAAAUUGGAAGUACUUUAAGAAUUUCCUAGGGGCUCUAGAUGGGACACAUAUAAGAAUGAAUGUAGCUGCUGAAGACAAGGCUAGGUAUCGAAACAAGAAGGGUGAAAUUACUACUAAUUUCCUUGCCGCGGUUACACCAGAUUUACAGUUCUCUUAUGUAUUGACUGGUUGGGAAAGGUCCCCGGCUGAUGGGAGAGUUUUAAAAGAUGCUUUGUCAAGAAAAAAUGGACUUAAAGUCCCAAAGGGUACUUAUUAUUUAGUAGACGCGGGUUAUACUAAUGGAGAAGGAUUCUUGGCACCUUAUAGAGGACAAAAGUACCACUUGAAUGAUUGGAACGAUGGACAUCAACCUAUUUGUGCUAAAGAGUAUUUCAACAUGAGACACUCGACGGCUAGAAAUGUAGUUGAGCGUUCUUUCGGCGUCUUAAAGAAGAGAUGGGAAAUCUUGAGAAGUCUCUCAUUCUACCCUCCGAAAAUUCAAAGUCGAAUAAUUCUUGCUUGUUGUGUUUUACAUAAUUAUAUUAGAAAUGAAAUGACUUAUGAUCCAUGUGAAAUCGACUUUGAAAGAGAAGGGAGGACAAAUAUGGAGCAUGAGGGGAUAAAAGACAAUAUCACAAGCAUUGGCAUAACUCCCGAAUGGACAUCAUUUAGGGAUAAUUUAGCUGAAACAAUAUAA